AUGCAGCGAGGCAGGGUGCGGGCGCCGGCGGCGCUGCUGGCGCUGCUCUGCGCGGCGCUGCUCCCGCUCCGCCCGGAGGCCGCCAGGGCGCCCAAGCAGCGGCCGGCGCGGGCGCGGAGCUGCGGCGAGCGGCCCGAGGAGCUGCUGGAGCAGCUGUACGGGCGGCUGGCGGCGGGCAUGCUCAGCGCCUUCCACCACACCCUGCAGCCCGAGCCGCCCGGCCGCCAGCACAACGCCAGCUGCCCCGCGGGGACACGGCCGCCCGCCGACAAGAGGGUCCGGCUCCCCGUGAACCUGCGCAGCGCAUCGCCCUGGGCAUACAGGAUCUCCUAUGAUCCCACGAGAUACCCCAAGUACAUUCCCGAAGCCUACUGCCUGUGCAAAGGCUGCCUGAUGGGGCUCUUUGGCGAGGAGAGCCUGCAGUUCCGCAGCACGCCGGUGUUCAUGCCCGCCGUCAUCCUGCGCCGCACGCCCGCCUGCGCCGGCGGCCGCUACGUCUACACCGAGGAUUACAUCACCAUCCCCGUGGGCUGCACCUGCGUCCCCGAGCAGGAAAAGGAGGCAGAGAGCCUCAAUUCCAGCAUCGAUAAGCAAGAAGUGAAGUUGCUGGUGGGCCAGAACAAGCCCUCAUCGGAAUGAAGAAUGGAUUAAAAGUCAUGUUUCAGUACUGGCCUCGCAUCAUCACCUCACCACCUCAGGAAGCUGCACGGCAGCAGCAAACACGCUCACUCACCCUCUUUUCUGCUUAGUUAUUUCGGACAUAAGAUGGAAAGUCCAGUCACUCAGAUCAUUAGAGAUGGCAAUUAAUUCUAUUUCUUUAGCUCAUGUAAACUUGUUUAGUUCAUUAUUGCAAACUCCAAGUAGCUUUUUUUUCCCUUAGAGAAGAACAGAAUUUUAUCUUUGCUUAUUCACAGCAAAUGUUAGAAGAUGAUGUAACUGUAAGACAUGGUGGCUAUUACUAUAGCAGGCUACUGGUUGUAGAUAUUUUUGAGGAAUCCCUUAUAUUCUUUUAAGUACACUUGUAUAAAAAUCACACAGCUGCCCUACAUGUGACAAAUCAGCAGUUAAAAGGAUAAUUUCUCCAGCUGGGAGAGCCUCCCUUUAUACUGCAUAAGCUCCAAGCUUUGCCUCUGAGCUGUUACCUCUUUGGCUAAUUUAUACACUACAGCAAGGAAACCUUUGCUGAGUUGGAGUCAUUCAUGAAGCAAUAUUCUAUGUGCUUGCUAUUUUUAAACUUGCCAAAUUGCUAAGGGUACAAAGGUGUUGAGAAAAAAUAUGCUAGAAUACUGUAAAAAUGCAGCAGAUUUUCUUUAUGUGGACUAUGUCUAAUUACAAAGAAAAUAUCAAUUAGGAAAAACACAGUUUGUGUCCCAAGAAUUCUGUAUUUGACUUCAUCCAUCACUGACUGCUUAACUUCCUUGUGAUAAAACUGUGUUCCAUGCAGCUGCAAGGCCAAAACCUUUCUCAUUUUAGGAGAGGAGAUUCCCCAUUAAAAAGUAAGUACCAAGGAUCAGCUUUGCCUCAGGUGUGCUGCAGGUGAGUAAGCAGGCUAGGUCUUAACUUCCAGAUCCUACAAGAGGUCAUUGAGUUGAGUCCCAGCCAAUCCAAAGUUGUUAAAUCCAACUGAUUUUUACAAUUACUCUUACUCAUUUCUCCUUAUGCUACAUGUAACAGAUGAUCACCACCUGCAAAAGCUGACCAGGCAGCCUUCCAUCUGUGCAGCCUACUGCUGAUGGAACUUGAUGGCAGGCUCUCACCAGAAACCCUGCAUACACAAAAACUUGCAUUGCCAGAAUAAGAGACUGAAGUUGACUCAGCCUAAUGAAUGAGAAUCAGGAAUGACCAGGCAUGCCUUGCACAAAUGUAAUUCCUCAGAGGGCCACACUCACCAAAACAGAUAAACCUCUGAAUGCACAGCAGAGAAUCUCUUUUACAGAUGAAGGAUCAUGACUGCAAUAUCUUUACAGAAUGAACAUCAUAUGCAGCAAUGUGUCUGCUACAUCAUGAAUCUUGAAAUUUGCCUUAAUUCAUAGCAGAGAAAGCCCCUACACUACAUAAACACACUCUUCUUUGGAGUGUUGUUGGAUGAAGAAUGGAAAGACUAUGAGCUAAUCACAAUUAACAAGUUGAAGACAAAAUGAAAGUCAUAGGACAACUCCAUCAUUAUUGAUUGGGCUCUGUCUGACUCAGUCUAGAGAUAUAACAGUAUUUUUAUAGCGCAAUCUGUGAAACCUCUUACGAAGCCUAAAAUAACUUUAAGAACUCCAGAAACAAAUAAAGAUUCCCAUCAGAAUGCCAGAUUGAAGGUUCUAGCUGUGUUUUUUGUGCAGAUGCUUUUCCUCAGUUUUCCUCGUCUUUAGAUCUGUGUUUCCUCCAAUUGUGAUGCUUCUAUCUCAAGGGGAUUGUCAAAGGGAUUCUGAGUUCAGAGAUGCUCAUAAAAUGUUUAUACUACUCAGAGAACAGCUAAUUGCCUGGCUGCUGCCAGCAAUUAUAGGUAGUUACCUUUUCCCCAGAGAAUGAAAAUACUUGCAGCAGUUACAACCUCUUUUCCUUCCUUCUAAUGUGGGGGAACUUCUCACCCUCUGAGCAGAGGGAAAUGGUAAUCAGAGGGGCUCAAAAGGGAGGCUGACCCACAAAACUGUAGAAACACUACUCUAGGUGAUGUCUCAGUAGCCUGAUCCCUUCCAGCUUCACCAUUAGAUUGUGAGGUUUUCUCCAUAUGAACACUUAAGGCAGCGUGAAGUUGAACCUUCAGACUCCACGGCAUAGAAAGCAAAGUCUUCACCCUAACAGGCAAUAAAAUGACCCCAAACAACAGCAAAAUGUCCAGCCAUGCAGCACUUAAUAUUUAGUAGAUACCCAGAGGGGCUACCAGCUAAGUCUGGCCAAACACUGCCCUCCAGCAGAACUCAUUUUCUGCACUUUUGUUAUACAAAUUUGUCUGCAACAAAUUAGUUAUUAGAGAACAUG